CGGCUCUUCAAAUUGGAGUCGGGAUUCGCUAGCUGUCCUACCGGGCACCUGCUGUUCCUGUGCACUGUUCCCAGACACCCCACCCCAGAGGCGGACGCAUCUCAGCUCCGGGUGAGCAACCCCUGGGCAGUGUCGCUGUGUGGCUGUUCCCCAGCUACCCCGCCUGGAGGUGGCUGCAUCUCAGCUCGGGGUCUGUCCCAGCCAGACGCCCCACCCAUGGGCAGAGCCCUGCUGCCACAGCAGGACGCCGGGGAAAGGGAGAUCCCACCUCAGGGCCCCCUCUGGAGAGCAGGGGGUCCUGCCACGCUGAGGGUCCUGAUCCUCGCCCUGCUCUGGAGGGGGUCCCUGUCCCAGCCACCGGGAUUUACCCUGGCAGUGCCGCAGUCAGUGUCCGUGCAGGAGGGUCUCUGCAUUCUCAUCCCCUGCAACUUCACGUACCCAGCCUCGUAUGACACCGACAAUCCCUCGGACCAGCUAUACGGACAAUGGUACAAGGAGCCUGCUAUUAUGGGCCAGGAUCCGCCUGUGGCCAGCAGUGUCCCCAGCGGGGGUGUGUCGCAGGAGACCCAGGGCCGGUUCCGGCUGACGGGGGAUCCAGUGCACGGCGACUGCUCCCUGCAAAUCAGUGAUGCCCGACGGAGGGAUGCAGGGAGAUAUUUCCUUUACAUCGAGAAAGGCAUGUUAGAUCACACUUACCGCUCCAAUUCCGAUGGCACAGACCCUGCGCUCACCAUCUCUGUGACAGGUAAGAGCAGCCGCAGUCACUGCUUGUGAGGGUCCCCCCCCACU